CUUUAGUGAUUUUUACCAUGGUAACACCUGGUAGGCUACUUACACCGCGGUAAAAUCACUAACAUGCGGCCUUUUGUGGCUUUUAGCUUAAAUGUGUAGGUAAAUUAAAUGAAAGUAUGUGCAUAAGGACGUUCGGGGAUGACUUGCGUCAGACAUAGUUACAGAGGUAAAAAUACAUCUGAACUCUUACAUCUGUGAGCUCAGAGUAUUUUGGGCUCUUGACUCCGAGUCUAAUGGUGUCAUUUUCAGUUUGAAGUUGAGAGAGCUUGGUUAACCCAAAUCUGCAUUAGCGCGUUUUAUUAAGGAAAGAUAAUGUAAACUGAGAAUUUGUUAUCAAAAGGAUACCGUUUAGUUAAGAGGAUAGUAAUGUUUGUUCAAGCUAAAGUCGGCGCCUCCAGAGAAUGACAGGCUGACCUUUUCGUCUUUUAUUGACAUGGAAAGAACAAAUGCGUCCGGAUCAAAGAGGGCAGCCGGGGCUGCGGAGGAGAUGGGAGACAUGGCUGGCUUCGGAUAAUAAUCAGUGUGUGUUAUGUGGGGACUGCACAUGCAAAUCGUUUUAAAAAAGAGGCUAUUAUUCGUGUUUAGUUGUGACUGAAAGAUGUGGAAUGCGUUUGGAAAUGGAUCAAGCGGGUAUGUAAGCAAGGCGCAAGGCUGGGAGUUCGUCCCGUGCUCUCGUUUAGAGAGGGGCGGUAAGAGGGUCCAGAGUCCCGCCCGGGUUCGGUCGUUCCCCAGCAACCUUCUCGAGCAGCUUCCCCCUGGACAUGCGACGGCUGCAUCCGAUGCAACUUGCGGACAAACUCCCUAUCUUGAGCUACAAAGUCAACACCCACGGCUAAAAAAGAAAUUUGAGGAAUUGAAAAAGCGCUACGAUCAGGAGAAAGAGGAGUGGAGGAUGGAGAAGGAAAAGCUUUUGAGACAAGUUGCUGAGAUACAAGGUGGGGAGAACAGAAGGAUAUUGUUGGAUCUGAGGUCAGUUUUAGAGGAGGUCCAGUCAGGGGUGAAGCGUGAAGAAAGUAAACGGAGUGAGCUGGAGUUGCAGUACAUGAAGGAUCAAUGCGCUUGGGAACUGGAACGGGCAGAGCUGAAGAGUCGCAUAACUCAGCUAGAAACCAGGAGAUGUAACGUGGUUGUGGAGACUGUGAGGAGUCCAGAGCUAGGGGGAACUCUGAAGCGGGAAAGGGAGGAACAGAAGAGGCUGCUGGCAGACACACACAGUGCAGCCAUGGACCUGCGCUGCAGGCUGGACAACAGCGAGAGGGGCUGGGUGAAGGAGAAAUCUGAGCUGCUGGAACGCUUUGACUCUGAGAGGAAGGUGUGGGAGAACCAGCUCAUGGAUAUGCAGCGGAAGAUUGAGGAGUUAUACGAUGAAGUGAAGGCCCACCGUGAGGGAGGUGCUCUCAGACCAAACACUGAUCCACUUAACAGAGCCCUAAGGCUCAGCUCAUGUUCUGGUAGCAGUUUGUCGAGUGCACUAACUUACCCCUCAGAUGCACAGAGCAAUGAAUAUUCCGAAGUCCUAACCCAGCAAAGCAAUGCCAGCCUUGACUUCCCAAGUCAACCAAGUCACAACUCCAGUGAAUUCAUUGACCAGGGCAGCAACGAUCAAAACGAACUAUUAAAUCAGCAAGGUACUGGGAAAUAUGAUGGGAAGCUUGAUGAACAACAGGCUAUAGACACUGCAGAGCUGGAAGAAUUCCUUGAAAGCUGUUUGACAAAGAAAAUUGAAAACAAGUCCUGCUUUAUUGGACCAGAUGAUCUUCUUAACCCUUUCAAAGGAUUUCAGAGCAUGGAAAUAAACUGUGGAAGUGACCAAAAGAAGAAAAAUACUGCCCUUAAUGCGGCACUCAAGGAAAUUGCCAGUGUGAGUGAGGAGCUGUGUAGCUACCAGGAUGAGAUGAGAAAGUGGCCUGAUAUUAAGAGAAGUCACACUGAGUCAAUGCUUUUUCCAGAAGAGGCUGAGAUGGUUGAGAAGGUAAAGGGCAAAUUGGAAAUGGAUGACGCAUUCGUCCAGCUGAAAAAUUUGAGUGAAGACCUUAAAUCCUUUGAUGAGCAAUACUGGAUGGACUGGGAAGGUUAUAACAAGAAAGCAAAGCAAACUCAAAGUGAUGCUGAGCCAUUAGUGAAUAGGAGACAAGCCCCACCUAUCCCAGCCCGCAGUACAUCUUGGUACCUAAGCAGUCCCUCUGCUGCAGAAUUAGAAUUAGAGUCCAGUGGCACAGAAGCCCUCACAUCCGGAGGGUGUCAAAGGCCAGGAACCCAUCCGGACAAAAGGUACAAAAGCCCUGCAAUUGUCCGAAAAUUUGAGGCAAUGCUUCAAGAGAAUGAGGGGAAGAUUCUGGACUCUGGGAAUGUAGUCUGCACCAUGCCGGUCGAUUCCAAGUGCAAUAGCAGCUGUUGCCAGGGCCGCUGGUCCUGUGAUGGCAGUAGACUUGUCAGCAACAAGUCAUCCAAGUAUGUACCUUUUAAGAGAUGUCACUCCAAUGUUGACAUUGCAGCUGCAGAGCGCAGUCUAAACCAAAUAGUUUCAGAGAACAAUUCCGGUGAUCUCAAGGGUGCAGCGCAUCAAAUGAACUUGACUAACUUGCCUUCAGACUGUGCUACCUCGCUGGACAUUGUUUCACCAUAUGCCAGUGCUUCAGCUACUCACGUAAAUGAGAGACUUGAGCAGAAAACAGCAGAGUUCAACCGUACGCUCUUCCAGGCAGGAAUGGGUUUUCAGUGUGAUGAAGACAAUUGUAUGAAUGUAUCCGUUGAUUGUGGACAUGCUUGGAGUCCAAGUCUACCAGUGUCCAUUUCAAAGGAUAGUUGUACAGACAGUCCAUCAUGGUAUGUUCAGGACGAUAUGAAAGAUGUGCUCUCUGAUCUUUUGGCACCAUGCCCAAAAGAGAUAAACCCUCACAAAUCAAAGCAGUUAAAGAGAGAAACAAAAGACAUUGUCUCUAAGUCUUCAUCUGUACAGCAGGAUAGUAGUCUACAAGAAUUACCUGUAGGCCUAUCAGAUCAUGCAGGUAGUGGGCAUAAGGAUUUAUCCUCCAUGCAAGACAAGGAAGUUAAACCUUUACGGACUAUUCACAGCCCGCCAUCCCCAGUUGCUCAGUUUGGCCCUAGUACGAAACACUUAGAAUUGAGUUUUACACCACCACAGAUGAAGAUCCAUAAAGAAAGUCCCAGCAAAUUUUUGGAUUUUGGUACAGACCAACAUCAAGCAGACACAAAAUCUAAACAGGCAAAGCAGGACACAUGUAAAACCAGGUCUCGGAUUCUAGAUGAAAAUCCAUGGAAGCCAUCUACACUUGCAGCCUAUCCUCGGCCAUUGGAGUCUAGGUCCAACUAUGGAGCUGUUGAGAAGAUUCUAAAAAGUUAUGAGAAUAUGGAUAGAUCUCAGGAGCAGCAGCAGUCACUGGCCAGUCCAGGGAAAGAGGAAGACCUCAUGGACCUCUUGGAAAUGUUGGAUAUCCGACAUAAGUCCAGAUCCAGUCAGAAACUAACACAUACACCACACCACCAGGUCAUAGCCCACAAAGAGACACAUGUAAAGGUGCAGCAAAGCAAAGAGUCAACUGUAACUCUCAAGAAAAGCUUUUCACGACCUGCAUGCCCUGCAAAGAGACGUUUGCCCUCCCGUUGGGCUAGCCGUUCAUCCACCUCAUCUGCAUCUUCUCCCUCACCUCCACCAACAACACCACCCACAGUCUUCACGCAGCGACAAACACUUACCUACUCCACCUACCACACAGAGACAGUGAUCUAACAGGUGCGAGCCAUCAGGAUAACAUGCAGACAGAUAGAGUCCAAUGCCUUUAAAGCUCCAAAUGUUGUCAUCAUGUUCUUGCCUGAUUACCUUUGUAAAUACCAACAAUGACUGUUAGUUCAACAGAUUCAUGUUUUAUUUCUGUAACUGCCUUUCUCAUAAUUUUUUAUAGUUUUACAUUUACAAGUACAAAGACACUUUCUUACAAGUGUGACCUACAAGUGCACAAUUAAUGUGUUGUUUUCUGUUUUCAUAAACCAGUUUUCAUCUGUUCUCGUUAUUUUAUAACUGCCAAUGCAAGCCUGUUAUACAGUAUGUGUGAGGUCUGAUGAUAUUCCUGUGAUUGAGAAUAUCAAAGCACUGUAGUUCUUCUUAUUCCACAUGAAACUGUUUGUUAUACUUUUACCAACAUUAACCAAAAAGACUGACUCGUAUUAUUACGAAAACAAAUAAUUUCAGAUGUAAGACAUAUCACUUAGAUAAUGCCUUUGCAGUCCUUUUUUUAAAAUUAAUAUCACAAAUGAAACUGUAUUUAGCAUUUAUAAGAAAGAAUAAAUAAAAUAUUGACACUCAUUGCUAGACAGGUGUGUUUUGUGCAUUACAUAUAACCCUGUAUGUUUCGGAUGUUCUAACAAUGGAAUAUUUUUCCCAUUUGAUAGUCUGACCAAAAAAAAAAAAAAACCUCUAAAAACAUAAAUACAAAAUGAAUAAAUAUAAUUGUAAGGGGAAAAAAGGGAAAUGUUGCCACAUGGCGAUUGUGUAUCACAAUGGAAAUUGUUUUUUUUUUUUAUUUAUUAAAAUGAUCAAUUUCUCCUUGAAUUAAACUCAUAUUAAUUUAAUUAUUGUAUGUUUUUAUACAAUUUGAACUCCUAUAAACUAAAAUAGUGAAUCAUUAUCAUCAGUUCUUCAUUACUUGCCUAUUAUUGAUGUAAUUUUCACUGUCACUAAAGCCUAGCUCCU